GUAUUUGUAAAAAAGGUCAGAGCUAAGGAGCUACAGGCCUACAUAACCUUAUUUGCAGACACGAGGGGAAGAACUCAAAGAAGCUUAAAAGAAAGUGGAAACAUGGUAGAAACAGAACACCCACGUCUUCUACUCCACCAAUUCAUAUCCCCAGAUCUUUGUAAGGAACUAGAGUUCAUUCACAAGAGUUGUAGCACAACUGGGUACAGGUCAAAUGUGUUCUCCACUACUCUCUCUCAUCUCAUUGCUACAAAUUCUUCUCAAUUGAUCAUCCCUUUUGUCUCCAUUAGAGAGAGGUUGAAGGAGAAAGUUGAGGAAUUUUUCGGGUGCGAGUUUGAGCUUUUUAUUGAAUUCACUGGUUUAAUCAGCUGGACUAGAGGAGCAAGUAUUGGAUGGCAUAGCGAUGAUAACAGACCUUAUCUCAAACAAAGACACUUUGCGGCAGUGUGCUACUUGAAUAGUUAUGGGAUUGAUUUUGAAGGAGGAGUUUUCCACUUUCAGCAUGGGAAACCUGCCAGUGUUGCGCCCAUGACAGGUGACGUUCUGAUAUAUACUGCUGACAGUCGGAACAUUCAUUCUGUAGAUGAGAUCAUUGAUGGAGAGAGACUAACGCUUACGUUGUGGUUCACUCGUGAUGCAUCUCAUGAUGAAGAUGCUAAACUAAUCUCAUUUCUGUCCAGUACACUAUUAGAUAGCUCGGACACCAAUAUUAAUCAUUUAUUACCUUCCCCAGCAUCCAACAAUAUGUACUGGUUUCCCCCAGACCAAGCUUCAAAUUACCAGUCAGGAUUUGACUUGCGUUGUGCAAGAAUAUAUAUUGCUGGAUAUGAUAUAUAUUGUUCUCGGGACAAGGGCUAUUCCUUGGCAGAUGAUUUGUCUGACAGUUUUGUUGAACUACUAAAUGAGCCAUUACAAUUAGCUUGGAGAAACCAAUUGCUCAAAAAGGAAUUUGUCAACAUAUUGCAUGCCCUACAGGUCCUGCAGUUUUACUAUUGGAAGCACACCGAGUGGCAGCCAUCCGACUAUAAAGCAAAUAAUGAUGAUGUUGUUCAAAUGUCAGAAUCACUACUGGAGAGGAUUCAAAAUUUAAAACUUCAGUUUGUUAGGAAUUAUCGGAGUGUAGAAGCCAUUUUCCCAGACAGGACUGGUGGGAGAAGCUUAUUAGAACAAUCUAUUGACUGGGCGAGUUUUUCUGCUGCAAAUGUUGCCUGGGAGGCAUAUACUAGUAAGUUACACCAAGAAAUCCUUAAUAGCUUUCCAGAAUGGAAAAUGCAUAACUCUAUGUUUUCAAAUCCAUCAACAGAGUCAUGACUACUGCUGUAUUAGCGAUUGUUAGCUUUAUUGAGCUGUUAAAAGUUUGAUUCCCUUAUUAUGUUCUUUUACAUUCACAUUCUAUACAUUUUUCAGGAACACCACCGAUUACAUAAUAUGCAAUACAACCCAUAGAUA